AUGCUCCCCAGUGAGGACUUUACAGCUCAGCGAAAGCCAUUUGGCGGAUUUCUCGACGAUAUCUGGGACAGAGGGGAGGACGAAGCUGGAAGAGGGGAGAGAGGAAGAGGAAAGGAAGGGGAAAAGUCGAAGAUCUCGCGCGGGAAAAGCAUACUGGAGGCUGCAGGCGGAACCCUUUUUUGGCGCCAUGUGGAGUCUGCCCCUCAUUGGCCCGUUCGCCUCACCGCAUCUUUUUCACCCUCCCGCGGGCCAAUCACACCGCGGCAGCCUCAGACAAUCGACCAGAUGCCUUUGACCGCCCCGUUUGGACCGCUCUACUGGAUGAGAAUCGCAUUGAUCCUCGAUGAUCGGGCUGGAGUCUGCGAUCUGGAUGAUUCGCAGCAGAUGGUAUUCUUGUUCUGGUGGGGGAGCCUAGGCGAAGUCUGUCCCCGACAAGCUGGACACCCCAUCCGGACAUGGUUUGGUGAGCCAGUGAUGAAUACACGACACACAAGAGUCACAGACAGACAGACAGACAGACAGGCCCGCUCGCUGGCGUCGACUCAUCCGUCAAGCCUCAAGGACACGGGCCAAAUGGAGCAGAGCAAAACAGGCAGAACGACAAGCACAAGACCUGAUACUCCAACCGUUGACCCGCCUCGUGCGGCCAGUCCACCAGAGCACCGGGAAAAGCACGAGCUCUGUCCCAGACGUCAGGAGCGCCUAUCGCCCCGUGCUGCCUGCUCAGAUCGCAGACGAGUAUGGUACAGUACCAUAUCCUGUUAUGGCAUAGGAUCGAUACAUGAGCCAACUUGGUACAACUACGGAUACGCUGCGAAGAAUGGUGAUUCAGAGGAUUCAGACUUCUCCAUUGCAUGCUUUUGCUGUGGCAUCAUUGGCCCACGCCGCUCGUCAUCAAACCGGCCCAUGAAUCAUCUUACUGGAUCGGGCUGUCUGCCUGCGCCAAUGGCUAACCUGCAUGUCCCGAUUCCGAACCAGUUCAGAUUCACAUACUGCAAAGGUUGGCAGGAAACGCCGGGAUGA